AGUCAUGUAUGGAAGGGGGCGGGGCUGACCUGGCCCUCUACUGCACACACUGAGAGCUAGCUAGCUGUGAUACCUGUAUAUACUAGCUAGCUAGCUAUUUAAGCUACAUCUACAGCUAGCUAGCUAGCUGCAGUGAUGGAGCGCUCCCUCCCGUCCCUAGCCACCGAAGAGAGCAGUGUGAAGACUCACACACUAGUGGAGGAGCUCAGAGGUAUUGUACUGAGGUUGAGGGGGUCUGACUGCCCAGUGGUGGACAAUAGUGACCACCUCACUCCACUCUGUGAAACACUUGAGGCUAUUCUCAGACACGGACUAAAGAAACCCAACACUUGGUUUGGAUUCAACAAACAAGACUACUGGUCCUGGAUUGAGCCACUUCAGGACUACUACUUUAAUCAGAAGGAGAACCCACUACUACGAGAGGUUGUACUAACAGUGGCCAAGUCCAGAAAGUGUCGCUCUGUUGUUGGCUCUGGACGUUGCUUCAUUCGAGUUGCUCUCAACCAGAAGCUCAUCUCUGUUCCUAUAGAACACCUUGCCGCUAAUAAAAGGCUCACACAGUACUGGUAUUCUAAUGACAGCAUUAUCGGUGAUCCAGCGCUGAGAGACAGACUGAUGGCUGUACUGUUUGAAGUGACCAAUGUUGACUUCCAACUCACUCUCUCCAACUCAAGCUUCCUAGAUGAGACCUGGGUACUGCCAGUCGUGCAGUCCAUCUCCAUAGCACCCGUCAAAACACUCAACACUUUAUUAAGUUAUGUGGACAAUAGGGCGCUAGUUGUUGAGCUGGAGAAGGACUGUCUAGCGGAGCAAGCUGGUGUGGAGGUGGGGGAUGUAUUGGAUGAGGUGUGUGGUACACCAGUUCAUGGAAAUAGUCGUGGGAAGUUGAAGCCACUCCUCGCUGCUCAUUCCAUAGACAGCACUGACUUUGUUAUAGUCAAGAAACACUUGCCUGAUGGUUGCUUGUUCCUGCCUAUUCUGCAAAGACAACUGGAGAAUGAUGAAUUAGCUGGAGUGAGUGGGCGUAAGCACAAGAGGAGACCAUCAGAUAAAAUACAAACUGUUGGAACUAGCACUGAGUACUGUGUUGCGUAUCUGGGUAAGGAGGAUGUGUGUGAGACAUCUCAAGAGGUCAUUGACAGGUCCAUCUCUCGUGUGCUCACAUCAGAUACACCAACACAAAGUGCUAUUGUAUCAGUGGCUGCUUCUGAGCUAUUGUUACUAGCUGCUGGAUCACGGGAGGAGUUGGGCCGCUGGGGACUGUCGGCUGUGGCUAGUUGUGGUAGAGGGGAGGUACAUGGAUCAUGCAUUGCUCUGUUAGUCACCGCACACACACACUCUCUCUGUGCACAUGUUCUCGAGACUCCAUCAAUUGAACUAGCACAAGCUGUUAGCGCUCAAAUAGUGGCAGCGCAUUUUGCUAGCAAGGGAGGCUACUAUUUGAGUGCGGCCUUUAUACAAGAGCGGCCUCUGAUCGAGCAUAUACGGUAUAUAUACGGUCAUCACACAAAGAUGAGCUCUAGAGUUCUCCUCCAUCAGUAUACAAAACUUCAGCCUGUAUCAUUCAGAGUCACUUUAUUGAGGUGUGUGUGCAGUGAAUCAGACCCUCCUCUUGAAGUGUUUACAGGCCCUGUCCCACGAGACAAGUUGAAGGUGAGCUACUCGCGCAGCGGUGGACCAGGAGGACAGAAUGUUAACAAAUUGAACACUAAAGCAGAGGUACGCUUCCAUGUGCCCUCUGCAGACUGGCUGCCAGAGAGAGUCAAGGAGAGAGUACAGCUAAUGUUCAAGCCUCGACUGACCAAGGAUGGAGAGCUGAUAAUCAUAUCUCAGAAACAUCGUUCUCAACACAUGAACUUGUCUGAUGCUAUAUCACGCCUGGAGGCUCUGUUAGAGGAAGCCUCUGAAGUGCCCAAGGGACCAUCACAGCAAGUGGCAGCACGAGUUAGAGCAUUGAAAAGAAUUGCUUCAAGAAAGAGGUUAACAGAUAAAAAGUAUCACUCCAAUAAGAAGAAAGAUAGAAGUUGAACAAUAGUGUAGCUGCAUGCAUGUAUACAAUAAUAAUAUUCAUGUAACAAAGUAAUUAAUUAUGACAGUUUUACACAGUG